AUGCGGCGGAUGCAAGGGAUUCAGUUUCGUCUACCAUCUUCGUGCAGUGUGGACAGAGCCCAACCACCACCAGCAGUCUCAUAUCCCACCAGUUACAAGAAGACUCCACCUCCUGUGCCCCCACGCAUCACCACCAAGCCUAUUAUCUCUGUGACAGCCCAGAGCAGCACAGAGUCCACACAGGACGCCUACCAGGAGGGCCGCCACCCCCGAGGAGCCCUGUGGACCACAGACAGCCUGGGCCGGCCCAUCUACAGCUCCACGGACAGUCUGGACAGCACCAAGGCCGUCACCAUGGCCAUGGAGUCAGCUGCUGGCAAGAGGCACGCAUCACUGGCCAGCAGCUCUGUCCAGACGUGCGAUAAGGCAGUGCUGGUGUCCAAGGCCGAGGAGUACCUGAAGACCCCACGCUCCUCCAUAGGCAUACAGGUGGAAACUGUGACAGACUCUGAGACGGAGACAAAGGGCCUCCCUCAGUUCCACUCUAUCGGGAUCCAGGUGGAAGACCACAAACGGCGUGGGCGAAUCAAGCGCUCUAACAGUGUGACCACCGCAGUCCAGGCCGACAUGGAGCUGGAGGGGUUCCCGUCCAUGGAGGACAAAGGGCUGCAGUUUGGAGGAGCCUUUGGGCGCCACUCCGAGCCCAGCACUCCCACUCAGUAUGGAGCUGUGCGUACGGUGCGAACACAAGGCCUGUUCAGUUACAGAGAGGACUACAGACCCAGCCCCUCCCCAGAGCCCUGGCUCAUGCAGCCCAGCCUUGAGAGCACCGACACGGCCAGAGCGUCUCCUAUACGCAGGGACGGCAGCUGGUUCAUGCAGCUCCUUCACAAUGAAACCAAGCGUCUGGAGGGAUGGUGCAAAGAGAUGGAGCGAGAGGCGGAGGAGCAUGACCUGUCCGAGGAGAUCCUGGGGAAAAUCCGGAGCGCCGUGGGAAGUGCUCAGCUCCUCAUGUCUCAAAAGUUUCAGCAGUUUUACUGGCUCUGUCAGCAGAACCUGAGAGGAGAUAAGAGGACAGAGGAGGAGAGGGAAAAGGAGGAGAGAGGAUGGGGGAUGAGGACAGGAGAGGGGAGGAGAGGAGAUGGAAAGGGAGGAGAGAGGACAGGGGAAGAGAUGAUGGGAGAGUUGGGAGGCAGCAAUAAUUAA